AUGGCGGAGGCGAUUCAGCAACUCAUCCUCGACACCCUCGACAAAGAGGGCUCCAUCAAGGACACCCGCACCCUCUUCCUCCCGGCUACAAGGAGCCUGCAGCUACCCAUGAUUCCCAAAUCAUUGUUUUGGAUGAUCACAUAUACUACUCAAGAGACACUUUCUCAUGUCCUCACCCAGGAGGGUGCGCAGAUUGCUCUGCAAGGAUCCCAUGAAGCGCGAGGCGAUGGCAAGCCUAUUACGCCAAAAGAUCUUCAAGAGAAGGUUGGGGCGGACAUCGCCAAGGUCGGCCAGGGCCAGGCGUUCAAAAACAAGUGGAUUGGCAAGGAGGGAGAUGGUCUCGUAAAGCUGCUUAUGAUGCGGGAGGUCGAUUCAACAGGGACUCUGAAGGCGGGAGAGAAAACCUUAGCGACCUUAGGAAACGCAAGCUCAUCAUGCAACGGGCAGUGGUUCACUGUACACAAAGGAUCACAAUUCAGCACAUCUACCGCUAAGCCGGAGACGGAUUUGACGGCGGAUAUGCUCACAUCGUAUGGAGCGUGGAAAACUGCGACGUACAAGAAGUACAACUUCGAGGCCGAUGGUGUACCACCAAACGGCGGUGCUUUGCACCCACUUCUCAAAGUGCGAGAAGAGAUCAGGAAUAUCUUCUUGGAGAUGGGCUUCGCCGAGAUGCCCACCUCCUCCUUCGUCGAGUCAGGUUUCUGGUGCUUCGACGCCCUCUUCGUCCCGCAACAGCACCCCGCGCGCGAGGUGCAGGACACCUUCUACCUCUCCGACCCCGCCGAAUACUACGAGACCGUCUCGCGCGUGCACGAACACGGCGGUUUCGGCUCCACCGGCUACCGCGCGCCCUGGUCGCACGACGAGUCCCGCAAGCUCCUCCUCCGCACGCACACCACCGCCUCCUCCGGCGCGGACGGCUUCCGGCCGGCGAAGCUCUUCUCGAUCGACCGCGUGUUCCGCAACGAGACCAUGGACGCGACCCACCUCGCGGAGUUCCACCAGGUCGAGGGCGUCGUCGCCGACCGCGGCCUCACGCUCGCGGACCUCAUCGGCUUCAUGCGCGUCUUCUUCAAGAAGAUGGGCAUCGAGAACAUCCGUUUCAAGCCCGCGUACAACCCCUACACGGAGCCGUCGCUCGAGAUCUUCGCCUUCCACCCGCAGCUCAAGAAGUGGGUCGAGGUCGGGAACAGCGGCAUGUUCCGGCCCGAGAUGCUCGAGCCGAUGGGCUUCCCCAAGGACGUCCACGUCCACGGCUGGGGCAUCUCGCUCGAGCGGCCGACGAUGAUCCGGUACGGGAUCAACAACAUCCGCACGCUCGUCGGCCACAAGGUCUCGCUCGAGAGCGUGGAGAACUCGCCGGCGGUGCGGUUCUGA